AUGGCCGCUUCAAAGUUCCAAUUCCCCGAAUUCGAUGAUCUCCCUGCUGUGGAGGGCCAGCCGCAAGGCUGUCUCUGGGGGUUCUUUGACGAAGAUGGUAGUAAAGAUCAACUUGGAAGUGGCUUCCAAGAUAUCUCUUAUGUGGAAGGCUCUAAUUUGGGCCGUUCAGCCUUGAAUCUUCUGACUGCAGAAGUGGUGCAUACAGCAGCCAAGGAAAUUUCUUGUGGUCUUCAUGUCCAACUUGACUGGUCGAUGAGUAAUCUCGACCACCCAGGCUUUGGUCGCAUAUCCAUUCAACAUAAGAUCAAAAACUUGGCCGAGCAUGGCUUCGUGGGAUUCGACGACGAGAUCUGCUUCAAUACCCAGACAAGCUCACAGUGGGAUAGCUUGAAACAUGUGAGUACCAAUCCUUGA